GCCUAGAUCUCGGGGAAACUUUUAUUUUGAAACCUCCGAAAAGUAGUCGCUCUUCCCAACAGUCUUUCUGUAUCCGGUUUGAAAAUUGCUAUGUUCACGCUGCCUAUUUUCAUAUGGUUUUCGCUCUGAUUUCUCUGGUUUUCUGCGUUUCUCAACAUGGCUUCAGCGAAGCUUGCCAAUAUUCCCGAUGCAGAUAUUGAUCCAAACGGAGUGUUUAAGUACGUGCUCAUUCGAGUACACAGUACAGACGACGAUUCGAUAAGUAAAGAUAUUGUUCGAGGCUAUGCCUGGGCCGAAUACCACGCGGACAUCUAUGACAAAGUAUCGGGGGACCUUGAACGAGCAGGUGGCGUGGACUGCGAGUGUAUGGGAGGAGGCAGGAUCAAACAUGAUAGUGCGGCCAAAAAGAUCCACGUGUAUGGAUACUCAAUGGGAUUUGGCAAAGCGAAGCACUCCAUCUCUACAGAAAAGCUGAAGGCUCUGUACCCGGACUACGAGGUGACCUGGGCAGAUGAGGGCUAUUGAUGGUCAUACAUACUAUGACUGUUCAACUCUCAAGACUUUCAUUCUUUUCUUUAAGGAGUACCAUCACAUAUAUAUGAUAAGAAUUUUGGCUCAAUUUCAAGUUCCCAUUAGCAUGUCAUAAGGACGUUGCUGGAUUUUUAACACAGUUUUGUGGAGUUGUAGAAUGUUCAAGUAAAAUUCUUGAAGAACUGGGGAAAACUCCUUACUCCUCAAAGGGCUAGUGGUCAGUAUUGGGACACUAAAACGGGAUAAGAACUAUGAAAUUUGACUUGGUACAGAUUCCAAAGGGAGGAAGACUUUUGUCAGGUUUAAAUUAUUUUUGAAAUGUAUUCUUGAAGGUUUAGAAGAUAAAGGUCAUCUCUGGACAAAGCUUACUUGUACUGUAGGCUGAUUUUAAGGAAUGUUAUUCACCACUGUAAGUGAGCCAAUUUGGAUACAUUUAGGGCAAAGUGGUUUGAACAAAAGUCUUAAAACAAAUCAUUUGAAUUAAUGUUAUUGUUGUCCUUCUUUUGCCAGUGUCAAUAAAAAUGGUCAAAAGCA